AUGUGCUCGCGUACGGACGAGGAAAAAAAAGUCGACGCAGCCGACGUUGAUCGAGGCUUCUCGCUCACUCAAAUAAUCGAGCAGCUGAGCCAGAUGUACGGCAUCCAGCCGAGCAAAGGCUUCAAGAGGCAAGUGGUCGCUGCCCUGCGUCGCGGCGUCGAUUACGGUAUUCUCGUGAAAGCCAAGAGCAGAUACAGGUACGAUCCGGAGCUGUCGCUGCUGAACUCCCUGAGAAAACGAGCAAGGGGUCGACGAGGGCCGGCGAUGACUGCGACGAGCCGUCGCAAGAGGCCCGCCCCGAGCAAACAGUACUCGCCGCGAGAGCCGGAUCACGAGCGCGGCGACAGUCCGGACGAAACGAAACCUCGAGUACAGCCGAGCGUGCCGAGACCGACGGUGCCACCACCGCCCGAUUUUCAACAGAAGCCGCGAAAUUUGAGCAGCGAGCCGCUGACUCGUGUCAUCAAGCAUCAGCGCACGCCGCAGCGGAAAUAUUGA